AAAAUCAGUCUUCAGUGAGGUUCAGUACAAGCAAAAACCAUGAAUAAGUUACUCUUCAUUCUGCCAAUUUUCUUUUUUGCCACAGCCUAUGGUGGGAUUGUGAAUCACGUUAAUUGUGUUCACGCACGUCCAGGACCAGGACCAGCACCAACAUGGGUGUACGUAGAUGGAUGUGAAGGAGCUUCGUGUUCCGUUCGCAAUGGCACAGAUGCUUUCGUACAAGCUGGAUUCACACCAACAUACACGCAUCACAGCCUCCGCUUUCAUCUGGGAGUCUAUCUCCUUGGCAUUAGCAUUCCUAUUGAGCAACCCGAAGCCGGUGCAAAUGCUUGUCUCCUUCUUGAUGGUGGAUGUCCCCUUAUUGCUGGAGCUGGUGAGAGGUCUUUCACCUACGGAUUCAGCAUUUCAUCCCCCAUCGUAGGACCCACUGUUCUGAUUGAGCUCAAUCUUAUUGAUUCCGAUACUGAGGAAUCUGUUGCAUGUGCUGGAGUGUCUGUCACUAUUACUGCUUAAAAAAAAAUGGAAAUUUAAUAAAAAAUUUUAUAUUGUCAAAA